CAACGAAACCACCAUCUGGUAUGCAAAUGGAGACAACCCUGCUCCUAAAGGAUCAAGGUUGGAACUAAAUGGCUCCCAAGGGUUGGUGCUCACCAGCCCUCAAGGUUCUGUGCUAUGGAGAUCAUAUUUCAAAUUCGGUACAGUUUCCAGUGGUCUAAUGAAUGAUGCUGGGAAUUUUCAGCUGAGAGACAAAGAUUUUGUGGUAUUAUGGGAUAGUUUCAGCAAUCCUACUGAUACAUUGGUGCCUACUCAAGUUCUGGAGUUAAAUGGCAAUCUUUCUUCUCGACAAGGAGAGUUCAACUUCUCACGUGGACGGUUCAAACUUCGUCUACAACAGGAUGGGAAUCUUGUAUUCAACCUUAUAAAUUUGCCUAGCAACUACAGUUAUGAGCCUUACAAUAGCACACGCACUGCUGAUGCUAUGAAUCAAACAAAUGCUGGCCAAAGUUUGAUAUUUGACAAAUCAGGAUUUUUGUACAUACUAAAGAAUGGUGGGGAGAAGUUUUAUAUCACUAAUCCAAAUAAGACAGUCUCACCCCAUGACUUCUAUUACAAAGCAACACUCAAUUAUGAUGGAGUUCUCACCAUAGCAUAUCACCCCAAAGAUCCAAAAAAUGGAACAAGCUGGGUUGUUGUUAAAACUAGACCAGAAAACAUAUGUAUGUAUUCUAAAUUCACGGAAGGUGAAGAAGGUGUUUGUGGGUUUAAUAGCAUCUGUACCAUUAAAGAAGACCAAAGGCCAAUGUGUACCUGCCCAGAUGGAUAUUCUCUAAUUGAUUCCAGUAACAUGUAUGGUGGUUGUAUACCAAAUUUUCAAGUCAUUUGUGAAGCCGGUGGAAAACGGGGUUCACAGGAUGAUCUAUAUACAAUGAUGGAAUUGCCAAACACUGAUUGGCCUAAAUCUGAUUAUGAAACAUUAAGUCCUUCUACUCUACAAGAAUGUAAAGAAUCUUGUAUGCAGGAUUGCUCAUGUGUGUUGGUUUCUUUCAACCAAAGCACCUGCUCGAAGAAGAAGCUCCCACUCUCAUAUGGGAGGAAAGAUCAGGAAGUAGAAGGAGUUUCUGUCAUGAAAUUGAUGAAAAAUGGUCCUCUUGCCUCCUUCCCCAAUAUGAAGAAAGAUCAUGAUACUUUGAUCAUUGUGAUAUCCGUUCUGUUUGGCACCUCUGUUUUUGUCAUUUUAAUGUUGGUUGGAUCAAUAUGUUUUGGGUUCCCUUACAGCCUCAAGAAAAUCAAAAGAAGUAGAACCAAGACCAACAAAGGUUUCUUCGACAAAAAUUUGCGCAAUUUCACCUUCAAGGAAAUUCAAGAAGCAACAAGCAACUUCAGAGAAGAACUGGGAAGGGGAUCUUGUGGCAUUGUCUACAAAGGAGAGAUAGAGGUGACUGGUGUAGCUGUUAAGAAAUUAGACAAGUUGUUCCAAGACAGUGAUAAGGAAUUCCAGACUGAAAUGAAUGUGAUAGGCCAAACUCAUCACAGGAACCUCGUUCGCCUUCUUGGAUACUGCAACGAGGGACAACACCGGAUGCUGGUGUAUGAGUUGAUGAGCAAUGGCACCUUAGCAAGCUUCCUUUUCACCCCAUUAAAACCAAACUGGAACCAAAGAGUACACAUUGCCCUUGGGAUUGCAAGAGGCCUUGUUUACUUGCAUGAGGAAUGUUGCACCCAAAUCAUCCAUUGUGACAUAAAGCCACAAAAUAUACUUCUAGAUGAUCAUCAUAAUGCCAGGAUUUCAGAUUUCGGGUUAGCAAAGCGAUUGUUGAUCAAUCAAAGCCGCACUGAAACUGGAAUUAGAGGAACCAAAGGGUAUGUUGCACCAGAUUGGUUUAGGAGCGCGCCGAUCACUGCCAAGGUUGAUACUUAUAGUUUUGGUAUGUUGUUGUUUGAGAUCAUUUGCUGCAGAAAAAAUGUAGACAAAGAUCUUGAUGAAGAAAAGGGGAUUUUAAGUGAUUGGGCGUAUGAUUGCUAUAGGAACAAAAGAUUGGACAUUCUUCUUGAAAAUGAGAGUGAUGCAGCUAUUAAUAUGAAGAGCUUUGAAAAGUUUGUCAAGAUUGCUAUUUUGUGCAUUCAAGAAGAUCCCUUUCUUAGGCCAACAAUGAAGGAAGUUUUGCACAUGCUUGAAGGAAUUGUUGAAGUUCCGAUUCCCCGAAGUCCCUAUAUCUAUGGUUCUGUUAGCCCCAAUUGAAAUUUGUUUCCUUUGAUGAUGGUUUUGCUACAUGAAGAGACCUAGUUAAGAGUAGUUAAGAGAGACAA